CGGGUCAGAGUGCGAACAGCCAACACCAAAAAUGGUGAAGAAAGCUAAGAAACGCUCCCCAGCUUCUUCUUCAGUCUCAUCUCCUGCUACAAACCCUAAUACAAUGACCAAAGAGAAGAUGGCGUUGAGAGUAACAUCAACGGAGAGGAUGGUGCUGAGGGUAAGAUCAACCGAGAAGAUUAAGAGGGCGGUCAUGGAGAGUAGAGUUAGUGAGAAAGAGAAGAAACCUAGAUCAGCAAAUAAGGCCAAAGCGAAGACGAAGAAGAGAUCCCAGAGAGUAGACCCCAAGAAACCAAAGAAACCGCCCACUGCGUUCUUCUACUUCUUGGAGGAUUUUCGCAAGGAGUUUCAGGAACAGAAUCCAGAUGUCAAGUCAAUGCGUGAUAUUGGCAAGGCAUGUGGAGAGAAAUGGAAAACAAUGACAUAUGAGGAAAAGGUUCAAUACUACGAUAUAGCUACUGAAAAGAGAGCAGAGUUUGAUAGAGCCAUGGCAGAUUAUAUCAAGAGACAGGAAAGUGGAGAGGAUGAAGAAAUUGAGGACUCGGAAGCUUACGAGUAGGACGGUAAAUUAUCUCAUCUGGAAAAAACUAUGCUUCACUGGCAUUGAGACACAAUUGGGCGACAAAUUGUACAUUAUUUCAUGGGCAAUUGUUAACCUUUUAGUUUAGAUUAGCUGCAUCUGUAUCAUUUUGUGUAAAUCACCACUUGGAAAAUUGCCUUUUCAGUGAUAAGUAAAUUAGCAAUGUAGAUUUAACAUUUUGUUCAUUUACAUGAACUCUAUUUUUGGUUG